ACCAAUAUUACCAAAACACACCACACACAACACACUAAACACUCAUUUUUUCCUUCAAACAAAACAACCCAACCCAAUCACUCUAUAAAACCACCUCCAUCCUCUACUUCUUCCCUUAACCACUCUUGUUGUUGUUGUUCUUCUUCUUCUUUGUGCUGCAGUAAGUUUUAGAGAGAAAGAGAUGGAGGGGAAGGAAGAAGAUGUGAGACUUGGAGCAAACAGGUUCUCAGAAAGGCAACCCAUAGGAACAGCAGCACAGAGUCAAGACAAGGACUACAAGGAACCACCACCAGCACCUCUGUUUGAGCCUGGUGAACUUAAGUCCUGGUCCUUUUACAGGGCUGGUAUUGCAGAGUUCAUGGCUACUUUUCUCUUCUUGUACAUCACCCUCCUCACUGUCAUGGGUGUUAAGAACUCUAACAGCCAGUGCUCCACUGUUGGCAUUCAGGGUAUUGCUUGGGCCUUUGGUGGCAUGAUUUUUGCUCUUGUCUACUGCACUGCUGGUAUUUCAGGUGGACAUAUUAACCCUGCUGUGACUUUUGGGUUGUUUUUGGCAAGGAAGUUGUCCUUAACAAGGGCAGUGUUCUACAUGGUGAUGCAGUGUUUGGGAGCAAUUUGUGGUGCUGGUGUUGUGAAAGGGUUCAAGAAAGGGCUUUAUGACAGCCAAGGAGGAGGAGCUAAUGUUGUGAACCCUGGGUACACAAAGGGAGAUGGUCUUGGUGCUGAGAUUGUUGGCACUUUUGUUCUUGUUUACACUGUGUUCUCUGCUACUGAUGCUAAGAGAAAUGCUAGAGACUCUCAUGUUCCUCUUCUUGCUCCUUUGCCUAUUGGUUUUGCUGUCUUUCUUGUUCACUUGGCUACUAUUCCCAUCACUGGCACUGGUAUUAAUCCUGCUAGAAGUCUUGGUGCUGCUAUCAUCUACAACAAACACCAUGCUUGGAGUGAUCAUUGGAUUUUCUGGGUUGGACCCUUCAUUGGAGCUGCUCUUGCUGCUACUUACCACCAGAUUGUUAUCAGAGCCAUUCCAUUCAAGAGCAGACCUUGAGCUUGUUUUACUCUAUGAAAAAAAUAUCUCAUGUCAUGUUUCUCCUACCUUAAAAUUAUGUAUUUUUUCUUUUCUUUUCUCAGUUGUAAGCUUUGUUUGCUUGAAUCUCUUGUGAGUGUAUAAAUUAUGCUAUGCUUCAUCUUCUUCA